GUCCUGGUCCCCCAAUCUCAACGACCAACGCCCAGUAGCUUAGCCAGCUUUCAUCCCAACUCUCCCACCUGCCACCGUAAUCUCCUAAGCCCCGCCAACCGCCCUAUAUGUAUUAGGUCUACGUCCCUCCAGUCAUCGGCCGCUCCCACGCUCCCACUUAGCCAUGGCCAAGUGGGAGAGGUGCGAGGCGGGCAAGAACUCGCCUCACAACCGGCAUGAACUCCGCAGAGCAUGCCGGUUCGAUCCCCCGCCGAACCGCCGCCCCAACGAAGUAAAACCCCCACCGGGAGGGUUUUGGUUGCGACCGGCCUCCGCUAGGGGCUUGGUGGUGAGCUUUCUGUAUUAUUCUUUCUCAUCUUUCUCUGUCCACUUCGUUGUCCCCAUCGAACCAAGACGAGUCGACCCUUUCUCACACAACAGCAUGCGACCCAUCACCAGAUCCUCCCGGUCCAACCACCUUCCUCCCUCGGCAUCAGCUCCCCCAACCACCUCGCACCCAGCCUUCCCACAAGAGAACGCUCAAUAACAGCAUGCGGCGUCACCCCAUCCCGGUACACCCCCGCCAUCCUCAAGCCCGCCGCAUCCGCCACUGCUGCAGAGACCGCUCGCUGCCACCAAUAGAGAGCAUCGAGGAGUCCUCGAACGCCGCAUACAGCGG